UCGACCAGAAGCUGCACCCCUGCGCCUUUUUCUCCCGUCGACUCAGCGCUGCCGAGUCGAAUUACGACGUAGGUAAUCGAGAACUGCUGGCCGUGGUAGCCGCCCUACAGGAAUGGCGGCACUGGCUCGAGGGGGCGAAGGAGCCCUUCACAGUUUAUACGGACCACAAGAAUCUCGAGUACCUCCGCUCCGCAAAACGACUGAACGCCCGUCAGGCCCGGUGGGCCCUGUUCUUCACCCGUUUCCAUUUUAUCCUUACCUACUCCCCAGGGUCCAAAAAUACCAAACCUGACGCCCUUUCCCGUCUCCACGACCCCGCUGAGAAGGACCGGUCUCCGGAGGCCAUUCUCCCGGCCCAGUGCAUUUUGGGGUCUUUGCAGUGGGAGAUUGAGCAGCGGAUCCAAGCUGCUCUGGAGGGGGUUCAGGCUCCGGCAGAAUGCCCCACGGGGAGGCUGUUUGUGCCUCCGUCGCUGCGGUCGGAGGUCUUACAGUGGGGACACGGGUCUAAGGUCGCAUGUCAUCCUGGGGUGAACCGGACUAUACAACUCGUCGCCCAGCGGUUCUGGUGGCCGGAGCUCCGGAGGGACGUGACGGACUUCGUCAGUGCCUGCACCUCCUGCGCCUGCGGCAAGUCCUCACGCCGGCCCCCGGCGGGGUUGCUCCAGCCGUUGCCCGUUCCGCCUCGUCCUUGGUCCCACAUCGCCCUGGACUUCGUGACGGGCCUACCGCCAUCCCGUGGGAGGACCGUCGUCCUCACGAUCGUGGACCGGUUCUCCAAGGCUGCCCAUUUUGUGCCUCUGUCCAGGUUGCCCUCGGCGCUGGAGACCGCCGACCUCCUUAUCCAGCACGUCUUUCGCCUCCACGGUAUUCCACUGGACAUUGUCUCGGACCGUGGGCCCCAGUUCGUAUCCCGCGUCUGGAAGCGGUUCUGCCGGUCCCUCGGGGCCACGGCCAGUCUGACCUCGGGGUACCACCCCCAGUCCAAUGGACAAGCCGAGCGUGCCAACCAGGAUCUGGGGGCAGCCCUCCGCUGUCCCCCUUCAUGGCCGCCUACGGGUACCAGCCGCCGCUGUUCCCGUCCCAGGAGGGGCAGGUGGAGGUCCCCUCUGUGCAGCACCACCUUAAGCGGGCCCAUCGCGUGUGGAAGGAGGCCCGGGCUGCGUUGUCCCGCACGGCGACCAGGAACCAGCGGAUCGCGGAUCGUCGCCGGCGCCCUGCUCCUUCGUACGUGGUGGGACAGAAGGUGUGGCUGGCAACGAGGGAUCUUCGCCUGGCCGGCACGUCUGCGAAACUGGGACCCCGGUUUACUGGACCAUUCGAGGUCGAGGCCGUCAUCAGCCCAGCUGCAGUCAAGCUCCGGCUACCACCCACCAUGAAGGUUCACCCCGUCUUCCACGUCUCCCUACUCAAACCCGUGUCUUCCAGUGACUUGGCUCCUCCUCCCACGCCGCCGCCCCCUCCGCGGGUCGUCGACGGUGACCCGGUGUACACGGUUCGUGCCAUCCUGGACUCUCGGCGCAGGGGAAAGGGGUUCCAGUAUCUGGUCGACUGGGAGGGCUACGGGCCUGAGGAGCGGCAGUGGGUGCCUCGCUCCUGGAUCCUUGAUCCGUCCCUUUUGCGCGACUUCCACACUGCACACCCUUCCAAACCGGGUAGGCCGCCGGGAGGCGUCCAUUGAGGGGGGGGUACUGUCACGUCGCGCGUCCGCCAGCAGGUGGCGGGUCUUCUCCUCCGCCAUUCGGCACACCUGCCCGUAAUUUCGGGCUGAUUACCCCCCUUUAUUUUGAGACUCCGGCAGUCAUCUCACUGCCGGAGAAUUCCACGC